GCCCCGCGCCAGCAGCGCCCCGCGCGACAGUGCCCGCCCGGCAGGUCAGGAGUUCAUUAUUCCAUCCUUGGCGCACAGGUUUAUAGCAGAGAUGGUGGAUUUCUUUAUUCUAUUCUUUAUAAAGGCAACCAUUGUCUUAAGUAUUAUGCACCUCAGUGGAAUAAAGGACAUCUCCAAGUUUGCUAUGCAUUAUAUAAUAGAAGAAAUAGAUGAAGAUACAUCCAUGGAAGACUUGCAAAAAAUGAUGAUAGUGGCUCUUAUCUACAGGAUGUUAGUCUGCUUCUAUGAGAUUAUCUGUAUUUGGGGAGCAGGUGGGGCAACCCCAGGCAAAUUUCUGCUUGGACUGCGAGUUGUGACAUGUGAUACAUCUGUACUUAUUGCACCAAGUCGUGUGUUAGUGAUUCCAUCCUCUAAUGUCAGCAUAACAACGUCUACAAUAAGAGCAUUGAUCAAGAACUUUUCUAUUGCUUCAUUUUUUCCAGCUUUUAUUACUCUACUAUUUUUUCAGCAUAACAGAACAGCCUACGAUAUUGUGGCAGGAACUAUUGUGGUAAAAAGGAAUGGAGUCAGAUGAUACCAAGAAAAAAACAGAUUUCCACACACUUUGAACUCCUUUAAAAAAUACCCCUAAAAUAAAUGACAUUGCCCAAGUAUCUGGGGAUAGAGUGUCAAACAAAAUGCAUCACUUCAAUGUGGUGCCAGCAACUACUUUGAGAGUGUUUUUUCUUUUCCUUGAAUGCCAAAGAAGUUAAAAUCUGGAAGUAUUGUUUUAAAUGUAGAAGUAUUAACAUUAGUUUGGCAGGAAAGACAAAGACUGUUUCUGUCAGAACAUAAAGUGGUUGCCUAAAAUUUUGCCAUUUCAAAAGAAAUGGUAGUUUUUCUGCCAUAAAAAGUUAGAGAACUAAGUUGGAGAAUGCACCUGUUUGGUGGUAACACCUGCAUAAGCCACAUAACAGAAAAUAUCCCCUUGAGGGGAUCGCAGUAUUUCUGUGCAAGGAGGUGGCAGAAGUACAGUAAAUCAGGUUCCCUUGAAUUUCUGAAGUGUGUGUGGGGGAGCCAGGUAUUAAUCAUUUCCCUGAAAGUGUUGCAAUAAAUUACUUUACUCCAGGACCUGUAUUCUGUUACCACUUUUAAAAUGUUUUACCUAAACGUGUAUUGUGGCAAGGUUUUGCAUGAUUAAGUCUUAAGCAUUAAGUCAUUUACUUUGUGUCAGACCUAAUGAAGAGGUGAAUUCUGUGGAAAGGGCAAGUUACACUGUGGUAUUUAGUGAAUUAGAUUUAUGUAAAUAACUUCAGAGUUGUAACAGGAACAGUACAGAUCAUGGUAACAAGCUGACUUGUUUCUUCCUUUUGAUGUGGGGGGGGAAGUCUGUCAAGUUUUUGCAUAUAAGACCAUAUAAAGCAAUUGAAGGAGUUAGUAUUCAGCAUGCAGAAAAUAUUAACCAGAUUGUGUUAUGGUUUUAACUUCACAGAAGUUAAAAGAUUGAGUAUUUACUUUUAUAUUCUAAAAUUCUACCUAACUAUUCAGUGCUAUAUUCAAAAUAACUUCUAGACAACCUCUGAAUAAAGAAAGGUAGUUAUUUUGCAUUAGACUGCUACACAGAUUUGAUAAUGUCUGUUUAUUCUUCCAGUGUGUAACAGUGGCUGGGAAACAGCUUACAGACACAAUGUCAGCAUUCUCUAGGUUAACAUGUCUGAUUAGGAGUAAAUACUAUUCUGAGGUUAUAGCAGUUACUCUUGCUGUCCACUAUUAUGUUGGAAAGUAUGAGGAUUAAGAUGCCUCUUUUAAAACAUAGAAGCUAAACUUAAUCUUUUUAGCUUUUGAUUAAUUCACUGUCACACUUUCUUGCAUAAUAGCACAGCAUUUUAUUUGGAAUCACCUUCAUUAGGGUAAGUACCAACAUGCUUCUUGGAACUGAUGUACUUCGACAUUCUAUGUACAGUUGUAUCUAAUCUCUUUUGGUUACCAGUUGCAAACAAAUCUUUCUCUGAAGCAGAAGUGGAAGUUUUAUUUAUUUGUCUGAGUGGGUUUUUAAAGUGUGAAAUUGUUGCUGCUUGUCAACUUUGUCUAUAUAAAUAACUGUAAAGUACUGCCUAGUCUUCAUAGACAUAAAUAAAAGCUACCCUUUUUGCUAGUCACUAUUCAAG